AUGGAGAGAGGUCUCAUCAUUGGAUUUUGUUGGACUUUACUGGGUUCAACAUUGGUAAAUGGAGAUUUUCAGUUGCAAAAUGUGGUUUGCGAGUCCUUCGACCUCUCGAUGUCGGAAUUUACACGCUGCGAGAUGAAGGUUGUUCGACGUGGAGUGUCGGCCUUUUAUAUGGUUUUGAAACUUAAAGUGCCUAUCAACAAUGUGGAUGUUAAUGUGUCGCUGUUCAAGAAAUCAAACGGAUAUCUCCCUUAUCUAUUCAAUCAGACCUUCGAUUUUUGUUACUACAUGCGAAAUCCCCAAGCGCAUCCAUUAAUUUAUAUGUUGCACAGGGUAAUUUUACCAGUAUCCAAUGUGAAUCACUCAUGUCCCUAUAAUCACGAUUUGAUAAUAAAUGAUUUGGUCUACAAGAAGAACGAUUUACGAGAUCUACCCAUACCCAAUGGGGAUUAUAUGAUAAAACUGAAAGUGGCAACCGACAAAGUGUAUCGUGCUUCCUUUAAGAUUUACGCAAAAAGAUACGAUUAA